AUGAGUCUGCUGAGGCCCAGCGGGCUGAAGGCCCCCACCAAGAUCCUCAAGCAUGGGAGCUGGGCCCUGAAGACACCCUCGGCCACGGCUGCUCCCGUUGAGAAGACCGUGCCUGGGGAGAAAACCCCCAGAGCCCCCUCCUCGGAGAUGCAGGAGGAGUUUGUGGGCGACUUCCAGGUCGGGGAACGAGUCUGGGUGAACGGGAACAAGCCUGGAUUCAUCCAGUUCCUCGGGGAGACCCAGUUUGCCCCUGGUCAGUGGGCCGGGAUCGUCUUGGACGAGCCCAUCGGCAAGAACGACGGCUCGGUGGCGGGUGUGCGCUACUUCCAGUGCGAGCCGCUGAAGGGCAUCUUCACCCGGCCGUCCAAGCUGAGUAGGAGCUUGCAGGCCGACGAUGAGACCAACUGCCGGCAGCCAGCGCCUGCCGCCUGGGCCACACCGCCCCUGUCGGCCUCCCCGGCCCCUGCCGGCACCGCGAAGGUGCCCCAGUCCCCCGCGAAGGAGUCACCGGCCACCCCUCACAUCAGCAGCCUGACCAGGACGGCCAGCGAGUCCAUCUCCAACCUCUCUGAGGCCGGCUCCCUCAAGAAAGGGGAGCGGGAGCUGAAGCUCGGGGACCAGGUGCUGGUGGGAGGCAUGGAGGCCGGUGUGGUGCGCUUCCUCGGGGAGACGGACUUCGCCAAGGGGGAUUGGUGCGGCGUAGAGCUGGACAAGCCACUGGGCAAGAACGAUGGUGCCUUGGCUGGAACGAGGUACUUCCAGUGUCAGCCCAAGUAUGGCUUGUUUGCUCCCAUUCACAAAGUCACCAAGAUCGGCUUCCCGUCCACGACGCCGGCCAAGGGCAAGGUGGCCACCGUGAGGCGUGUGAUGGCCACCACCCCCGCCAGCCUGAAGCGCAGCCCUUCGGCCUCCUCGCUCAGCUCCGUCAGCUCCGGGGCCUCAUUCGAGAGCAGCAGACCCGGCCGCACGGGACUAUUGCCGGAAACCUCCUCCUGCUACGCCCAAAAGAUCUCUGGCACCACCGCCCUCCAGGAGGCGCUGAAGGAGAAGCAGCAGCACAUUGAGAAGCUGCUGGCCGAGCGGGACCUGGAGCGGGCGGAGGUGGCCAAGGCCACGAGCCACAUGGGGGAGAAAGAGCAGGUGCUGGCCCUGGCCAACGGGCACGACCAGCACGUCCUGGAGCUGGAGGCCAAGAACGACGAGCUGCGGGCCAUGCUGGAAGCGACCGACUGGGAGAAGGUGGAGCUGCUGAACCAGCUGGAGGAGGAGAAGAGGAAAGUGGAAGACCUCCAGUUCCGAGUCGAGGAGGAGUCCAUCACCAAAGGCGACCUGGAGGUAAAGCCCGGGCAGGUCCCGGAGGCUUGCAGGGUGCAGGCAAGGCAGAAGGAGGUGAAGUCCCUGCAGGUGGCCUCUGAGAAGCUCGCCAAGGAGAACGAGUGCCUGAGGACCAAGCUGGACCAUGCCAACAAGGAGAAUGCGGACGUGAUCGCCCUGUGGAAGUCCAAACUGGAGACGGCCAUCACCCCGCACCAACAGGCCAUGGGCGAGCCGAAGGCAUCCGUGAGCCAGGGCGUGGGCGCUGAGGCGGCCGAGCUGGCCGAGCUCAAGAUGCAGAUCGAGAGGCUACAGUUCGAGUACCAGCAGGAGGUGGAGAGCCUGAAGGCCCAGCAGGCGGCUGAGCGUGCAGCUCACGCCUCCGAGCUGCAGACGCUCAGGUCGUGGCUGUUCAGGACGGCCCAGGAGCAGAAGAACAGCCUGGAGGCCGCACGGGCCAAGCUCGAGCAGAUCGAGGACCAGCACCUGGUGGAGAUGGAGGACGCCCUGAACAAGCUGCAGGAGGCGGAGACGAAGGUAAAGCACCUGGACGGGUUGCGGGCCGUGUGUAGUCAGCAAGCCCAGGCCCUGGCCAAUGCCACGGCACAGCUGGAGGCCACCCAGCAGAAGCUCUUGCAGCUCGAUGGGCUCUGGAAGGCCAGUUCCGAAGGUAAGGUGGACGUGAGCCGCAGCCAGUGCCAGGCUCUACAGGCCGAGCUCACCAAGGCCAGCGUGGAGAUCCAGGGGCACCAUGAGGAGGCGCCGCAGGCCCUUCAGCAGCUGCUGCUACAGGCGAAGGAGAAGCUGCAGGCGGUGCAGGCGGAGAACGGGAGCCUGCUGCGGGAGGUGGCCGAGCUGAAGACGCAAGCCAACAAGGGAGAUGAGGAGCCCGAAGCCUGA